CAAAAAAGAAGUGAACAAAAAAUUUUAACCCCUGUUUUGGUUGCGCAAAAUAUUUUAAAGGAAAUUCCAGCUCUUUACUAUUCAAAUUUAAAGUUCUUCAGAUGUUUAAGUACUGAAAGUAGAAUAAUGGCACUUUUGGCUCACAAUACGUAUCGAUGGGCUUUACUGCGAAACACUUGGUUGCUUAAUAUAUUGAUCGGUCAUCGAAAAAGCACCAACGUAGAUGUCAUCGAUUCUUUUAUCAGCGAGCUGGUAGAAAACAAAGCAUUGAAGUGGAAAGUUAUUAAUGAUAACAAACAGCAGUCGAUACACCCGCGUAAAAAUUUUGAAAGUCGAGAAGCAGAUCCAGUUCGAAAUAGCUCACAUUUUCGACUGACCCAGAUAUAUGAUGAUUUGACUGCAAAUCCGAUUGUAAUAAAUAUUGAUUCCUUAGAACAGCAUCAUGUCGAUAAUCUUGUAGAGACUGCGAUCAAAGAGGGAAAUAAGAAGGAUGUUGUUCUCUUGUUUGAUCAGAUGAAUGAGUAUCGGAAGAUCCCUUCGCAGGCCGUCCUUAACAUGAUGCUAGAAUUUUUAGCCAACAAUUCGGACCGGCUUAAGUUGAAACAGCUGAUAGAUCUCUGCAGGGAAGUGACUCCGUCCUUUGUCACAAGUAGUAGUAAUUUAGUGCACUAUAACGGGUUGCUACUGUGGAAAAGUGGCAACUCGUUUCAAUCUCUCACCUGCUUCAAAGAAGCUUUAACGAACUGCACUUCCGAAACGAAGGUCAUUAUCAAUCGGUUGCUAAUGGAAAUUGUAGACGAGACGAUCGGUAAGAAGAGUGAAGCCGUUUUGUUAGCUGUGAUCGAGAUGGGAGAGUUUUGCAUGCAGGAACUGAAGGAUGAGUUUUUGCUUUGCUACUCUUGGGAGAAAAGUUUUCGCAGUCAGUGGUACAGUGAUCAGGAGGUGGCUAAGCAAUUGUUCGAUAAGCACAGUCAAUUACGGGAAGCGAUAUCAAGAAGGCUAGUCAAAAUAUGCUUUGAAUACCUGCAAGAAUUUAAGAUAGAGCAAGUCUAUCAACUGAUGGAACUCUUCCUCAAGCAUGAAAUGCUGCCACAAUGCCGCCAAGUGCUGAUACGUCUGUUUGAAUAUCAAUAUUGGCGUCGAGAUUUGCGCGCUUGUUCGGAGAUAAUGCAAAACUCGAUCGAGCUGGAUAUUCCUUUACCUGAUCAAUGCAAUCGUAAGCUGUUGAACUUACUGCUGGGCGAUGUAUGCCUGAAACCACGUUCACAUUCAUCCGAUACGACAGAGAAGGCAAAACUGAAAGCAAACAUCUACGAACUCAAAUUUUAAUAUAUCGGUAGAUUGUAAGAUAUAAAAUGGCAAAAAAUUAAUUUUAUUUUGCGAUACAGAAACAAAUUUCAGUCAUAUGAUUUACGGGGUGAGGAGGAUGCAUCAGGGC